CAAAGCUAAUGACAGCCUCUCUCGCACAGUCAAACAUAUCUGCUUCUAUACACUCCCACUCGCCAAGGACACGUAUCAGUUCGUAGUCAACAGUCAUACACCCACCGCUCUAUUCCUCCAAGUGCCUAUAGAGCUUCUUAUCACUACCCCACGCUCGUAAAUCAGCGACCAUGGCCGACGACGCCGCCACAACCACCGAGGACACGCAGAUCACCUUCAAUGUCAAGGCUGCAAAUGACCAGAAACAUGUCCUCACACUACCCAAUACCACCACAGUCGCCGACCUCAAAGCCAAGCUCUCGACAUCGGAAUACGCAGAUGUUCCCGCCGAACGCCAACGCCUGAUAUACUCCGGUCGCGUACUGAAGGACCACGACACACUCUCUAGCGUCAAGAUCAAGGAUGGCCACACAGUUCAUCUUGUCAAAGGCGCCGCCAGCAACGUACGACAAAACCCGGCGAACCAAGGCACAGCAGGCACAGCAAGCGGAGGCAACACUCAAACCUCACAGGUGCCCACCAACAUUGCCGCAGGCACAGGCAACAACCCUCUCGCUGGACUCACAGGUGCGCGCUAUGCGGGCUUCCAUGGACUACCAGGAAUGGAUACUUUCGGACCAGAUGGUGGCAUGGGCGGUCCUCCUACAAACCCGGAGGCGUUACUAGAGCAAAUGGAGAACCCCAUGUUCUUAUCGCAAAUGAACGAGGCCAUGAACAACCCAGCUGUGGUAGAAAUGAUGCUGCAGAGCCCCAUGAUCCGCGACAACCCGAUGCUCCAGCAAGUCCUACGAAACCCUGAAAUGCGCCGCAUGAUGUUCAGCCCGGAGAUGAUGCGCAUGCAAUUGCAGAUGCAGCGGAAUAUGGGCCCAACCGGCCCGAGUUUCCCAGCCCCGGGAGCCACCGACAACACCACACAACCAGGUACAAAUGCCACAGGCGAAGGCACAACCGCGACACCGAACCAGCCUAAUACGACCGGAUCAACAGACCCGUUCGCCGCAUUUGGUACAGCUGGUGCUGGCGCUAGCGCUGGAGCAAACCCCUUCGCCAGUCUGUUGGCUGGAGGCCAGAAUCCUUUGGCUCCUCAGCAACAGGGCGGUGCAGCACAAAACACACAAGACGCUUCAGGCGCUUUUCCCAACUUGUUCGGUGGAGCUGGUGCACAAGGCGGACAAGCGAACCCGUUCGCGGCGGCCGCUCAAAGGAUGAUGCAGGAUCCAGAGGCCAUGCGCAACAUGAUGCAGAUGAUGGGCGGUGCAGGAGGCGCAGGAGCGAACCCAUUCGCAGCCUUUGGUGGUCAAGACGCAGCAGGAGCUCCAGGAGGCGAAGCAGGCCAACAAGCCGGCGGUAACCCCUUCGCCGCACUCUUUGGCCCCGGCGGAUUCGGCGGCGCAGGCGGCUUCGGAGCACCACCAGCCCCAGCAGACAACCGGCCACCUGAGGAAAUCUACGAGACUCAACUCAGACAGCUCAACGAAAUGGGUUUCUAUGAGUUCGACCGCAACGUCGCAGCCCUACGGCGCAGCGGCGGCAAUGUCCAAGGCGCAAUCGAGCACCUGCUCGGCGGCGGAGCGUAGCGAGCUUUCCCCCGCAUCUUCUUGCUCCCUGUGCCUCCAGAACGACCAUACUUGACGCAGGACGAAUUAUAGGAAAUCGAGCGUUAUGAAGGAAGAGAAAGAGAGCGGCGAUUAGCUGAGGAAGACGUUGGUGACGAUAUCGAUGGAAUUGAGGAGGCUUAUGACAGUGAAGAGGAUUGGUCUUUUGCUUUCGAGGAUGAUGAGACGCUCGUUGGGUUUGAUGGGCUCACAAAGUGAGUGAUAUUGAUGACGAGAGGUGUGGUAAUUAUUUGGUAAGGCGUAGACGGCAGCGUGAAGAUAGAUCGUACAGAUACCAAACAGUAGGCAACCAAAAAUAAUGCCCAUUCAUACACAUCUUCCUUAGACACUGUCUUGAUAGCGAAUGGGAUU